AUGUACCCCUCUCCUGAGGUUGAACAACAUAGUGAAAAGGAUGAUGAUUCCUCUAGUUCUGAAAAGGACAUGGCUGCUGAAGGGUUGUGCUCUCUAGGGCAAACUGUGUCUGAUAAAGGAAAAUUUGUGGCAUCUAAAACUGCCAAUGCUUCCCACUCUGAGAAGCAUGAUGAUGUAAACGAUGUGAUUGACCUAGAGGAUGAUAGGUCUGAUGAUCAAGAGGAUAGCUUACUUCAUCACUUAAAGUCAAGUGUGGCUAAACGCAUGAAGACUCGAAAAGGAAGACCUGUGGCUGAACUUAUGUCAGCUAGAAAAGCUAAGAAGACUGCUGAUGUCCCUGACAUUUCACCUGUGAAGAAAACCACUGCUAGGAAGUCUCCUGUUAAAGUUGUUGUUGUUCAUUUGGAUAACGUCUCUUUCCAUCUUGAGGAUGGAGCUGCCAAGUGGAAAUUUAUGAUUCAAAGAAGGGUGGCUGUGGAAAGGGAGUUGGGAAAAGACGUUGCUGAUGUCAAGGAGGUCAUGGACCUGAUAAAAGCUGCUGGGUUGUUGAAGACUGUGGCUGGGUUCUCUCAAUGCUAUGAAGGAAGGAAAAUCGAGGGUGCAGGUGAAUUGGAAGCUACGGACAAUGAGGUCUAUAGAGAGAUUACAGCUAGGCAGGUAAAAGGAGUUGCAAAUUGGGUCCCUACCAACCAUAUUUCCACCAUUGCUAAUACCCUUGGAAGGUUUAUUUUUGCUGUUGGAACCAAAGUGAAUUUUUACUAUGGUAGAUUUAUGUUUGAACAAAUCAUCAACCAUGCAUCUACUAAUGCAGUUAAGCUGUCUAUUUCCUUUCCCUCUAUGAUCUGUGGGAUUAUCCUGAAUCAACACCCUGGUAUUAUAUGCUCUAAUGACUUACCUAGUAGAAGAAAACUUGCUCUGUCUGUGCACUAUAAAUUGUUUAAAGGCAGUCAUGUCGAGGAUAUUGUCAUGACAUCUGCCAUGAAAAAGUCAGCCUCAAAAGUUGGAACAAUUGCUGAGCUUAAGGAGACUUGCAAAUAG